CUCUUCCCUGCACGGGUCUUACGCAAGCGCCCUUCCCAGAAACAUGGUUCCAUCGUGGUGCCAGCGGGUUACCGCCAUUUCCCCCGUGGCAGUGCGAGACGGUGAGUGGCAAGUCACGUGGUUGGAGGGGAAAUGAGCAGGUCACAUGAUAAUCAAGAAAGGGAUCACGAUCACAUGAUCGAACCUACUAGGCGCCGCACGAAUCGUCCGGAAUCAACGUCAGAUUAGAUAAGCAGUCGCAUCGAGCUUCAUAUUAUCAUGAUUUCAUAGAUCGGACAAUCUUUCCUUGACACUGCAAACACGAACACUUCUCAACAGAAGCAGCCUCUCCUUCUACACGACUCAUCCUCUACUACCCACCUUCCUCCAUCAUGGAUCCCACAAUGAACAAGCUCCUCAAAUGGAGCGUCGCCAACUCCGAACAAAAAAAUGCCGACGGCACCGUGACAGCCCCUCCCAGCGCUGAAGAAGCCUCUCGCACCCUCACACCGGACAUGAUCAACGCACUCAUGGGCGGUCCCUCGGACGCAGACUUAAUGAAAGCCGCCAUGGAAGUACUACACUCUGACGAGUCCGAUUUGGAAAACAAGAUGAUCGCCUUUGACAACUUUGAACAAAUGAUCGAGGGGAUCGACAAUGCGAAUAACCUCGAGCCGUUGGGGUUGUGGACUCCUCUGGUGCAGUUGCUGAAACAUGAGGAGGCGGAUAUGCGUCGCAUGGCGGCUUGGUGUAUUGGAACGGCGGUGCAGAAUAAUGAGAAGGCUCAGGAUAGGUUUGUCGUUUUGAAUGGUAUUCCCACUCUGGUCUCCAUGGCCACGGGCGACCCCAACCCCGCUGCUCGCAAGAAAUCGAUCUAUGCGCUUUCGUCUGCCGUGCGCAAUUACCAGCCUGCUAUGAAUGAGCUGGUUAAGGUCCUUCCCGAGGGAUAUCCGACUGAUAAGACCGAUGCCGGUGAUAUGGAGGCCAUUGAUGCCAUUAUGGACAAGCUCCGUGCCCACCCUGUCGAGUCGGCGUGAGCGUUGUCUGAUGAGACCCGAAGUUUCCUCGGUACGGACCUCGCAAGAGGCUGUAUAACCUCUACGCGGUGGAUUGAAGCGUGUCCGGCUUGGUUGACUAUCUGUCAAUUAAAACUCCAACCUGACGUGCAUCUUCUCCAUCCAUACAUUGAUGGAGAGCGAGACGGGCUCAAAUGGUCAUGCUGAGCCUCGUUCUACCUCUUCCACGAGUCAUCUAUUUUCAAGACGACCCUUACAAUCACAUGGGUGUUGUCUCGCUGAUAAGAUCUGGGGUCGUCCCCACCUUCGCAGAAAAGUGAUUUGAUCUGAUAUGUAUAUACCCUGGACUACAUGUCCCCUACGCAACGAUUUCAAUUAAUGCAAUGCAUCAACAAAAAUAUUCAAACAAU